GUUUGUGAAUUAGUUUAAAACAUAUUAAAUUUAAUAUCAGUUGAGUGCAAAACCCCCAAAAUUAUUGAAAUGAAUAAAAGUAUAUUAAAUUUGUUUUGUUUAAUACUUUGCGUAACUAUUAGUUUAGUGAAAGGAAAGACACUUAUAUCGGGACUUAUUCUAGAAAGUGAUGACCCGAUCCCUCCUUUGGUGAAGAGCUGUCACGACAAGAUCACAGACAAACUGUUGAGCUGUGAUGAGGAGGCCAAGGAGGACUGGCACCUCACCUAUCCCUGGGAUGUGCGCUCCAAAGCCUACUGUUGCACCACUUGGCAGAAGUUUGACUGCAUUUACAGCAACGCACAAUGAAAUGCACGUCUGAAGAGAUGUCAGAAAUGGACAAAUAUUACAAUGAGAUGAUUGAAUAC